CCAAGUUAACUUGGUUUCUACCAAGUUCUCGAACCCGUUCUUUCGUUCGAAGUAAGCAAGAUUUGUUCACUCGGUGUGUCGGUCAGUCAGUUUCGUGCAUACACACGAGCGGACCUGUGUGGUAACGGUCACGGAAAUUUUUAAAAAAUGCUGUGCCCCACCCUGUUCCUGGCGACGCUGGCUCUGGUGAGCUGCGACGUGUCCCACCUGCUGGAGACCACCACCACGCCCGAGCCACCACCACACCCGUACCUGUUCUCCUACUCCGCUGGCCGCUACCCUGGACAUGCUGACAGGACGCACACUGAAGUCAGUGACGGCAGUGGUGUUGUUAAAGGCUCAUUCUCGUACGUAGACCCUGGCCAGAAGGUCCGCACGGUGGAUUACGUGGCAGACAAGCAAGGGUUCCACCCGAUCCUGAGCCAUGUCCCUCCAGAGCACCCGGCAGACUCCGACUCCGUCGCCCAGGCCAAGAACAGGCACUACCAGCUCUACGCCAAGAUUGCUGAGGAACACGCCAACCCUCACCCUGAAUUAAUAUCAGCACCAAUAGAGACACAGGCCGUAGCCGAAGCUCGUGCGAAACACGCCCAACUAUUCCGAGUGAUUGCCGAGCAGCACGCGCGCAUCGCAGCAGAGAGAGAAGCGCUCUUACGAGAAGAAGAAGAGAAACAGCACUUACAGGAACUAGGACAGUAGACCUUCAUCAAAUAUGGACUAGCAGAUGGAUAAACUAAGAAGUAGGGACAGUGGCUUGUGUAGCUAUACUUUGCCAUAGUAUACUGACUCCUUAUUGUAUGAAUAGUACGUAAUUCGAGUACAGUUGUACUGUAGUGUAGAUUAUAGUUGUUUGACAUUGUUUGUACUUCAAAAAGUAAUAUAUUAGGUACUCAAAAUAAUAGACGCGACAUGUUUAAAGUAAUAUGUGACUCUGAGUACGGAAAAUUCACACUUAUAGUGAUUGACGUAAAAUACAAAAUGCAUUAAUAUUGUUUGUCUCUGCUAUCCAUAUUUGAAUACAAAACGACUGCAGUGAUAUUAACUAAAAUAAAUACAAAAUUGUUACAUAUUUUUAACUAUUUAUGUAGGUACAUCUUUUCUAUGUUUUUUACAACGAUUUUUUUUAUUUUCAUACUUAAUCUUUUUACUUGUGAUACUCAAUACUCACUUGAGUGAUAACAACUAAUUGUAUUUUCUUUUUUUAAAGUGGUAGUUACCAUUUAACUGUGAAUAAUUUGUGUAAGUUUGUAUAUAAAAUAUUAAAUGUAAGUAUUUUAAUAAUACUCUCUCGAUUGCCAUAAUAAAUCCAAUUUGAUAUGACUUAUUCUCUAGUUCACGUAUGUAUUAAGUGAAAAUUUUGUAUUUUUAUAACGUGUUUUUGAUGUGGAAACAUCUCAAUAAUGAUAAUAAAUAAAAAAGUAAUUAAUAA